UGCUCUUUGCCUUUCUUUACAGAAUGCAAAAUAUUUCCAGGGGAUUCGUGCCGCAGUCAGCCGAGUGAAAGAAAGAGGGGAGAAAGCCAUUGUUCUGGACAUUGGGACUGGGACGGGCCUGUUGUCCAUGAUGGCGGUCACCGCUGGAGCCGAUUUCUGCUAUGCUGUAGAGGUCUUCAAGCCUAUGGCUGAAACAGCUGUGAAGAUCGUGGGGAAAAAUGGCUUUAGUGACAAGAUAAAGAUCAUCAACAAACACUCCACGGAAGUCACAGUGGGGCCUGACGGAGACAUGCAGUGCCGUGCAAAUAUCCUGAUAACAGAGCUGUUUGAUACUGAACUGAUAGGCGAAGGGGCUUUGCCGUCUUAUGAGCACGCCCACAAGUUCCUUGUGCAGGAGGGAUGUGAGGCAGUCCCUCACCGAGCAACCGUGUACGCCCAGCUAGUGGAGUCCUACAGAAUGUGGUCUUGGAACAAGCUGUUUCCCAUUCACGUCCAAGCCGAAGAGGGCGAGAAGGUGAUCAUUUCCCCGCCCGAGAUAGAGAACUGCCCUGGGGCACCUUCGGUUUAUGACAUUCAGCUGAAUCAGGUGCCCCAGAGUGACUUUGUGGUUCUCAGCGAAGUUGUGACAAUGUUCAGUGUAGAUUUUAGCAAGCCAGUCAGCCGAGCCCCUGCCUCCUCUACGGUGCAGCUGGAGCCCAUCCGGUCCGGCAGAGCCCAAGUGGUCCUCUCGUGGUGGGACAUUGAUAUGGACCCGGCCGGCUCCAUCAAAUGCAGCAUGGCCCCGUACUGGGUCCAGCCUGCCUCCGAAGACAUCCCGUGGAGAGACCAUUGGAUGCAAUGCGUGUAUUUCCUUCCGGACGAGAGACCUGUCCUCCAGGGCCAGCCUGUGCACCUGACCGCCUUUCACGACGAUUACUCCAUAUGGUAUAAGCUUCAAAAGGGCAGAAAUGAGGGGGCAGAGACGGGCGCCCCCAUUGAGAGCCCCGUGUGCAGGUGUCAGGCCCACCUGCUGUGGAAUCGGCCGCGGUUUGGCGAACUGAACGAUCGGAACCGGACAGCUCGGUAUCUGGAAGCUCUGCAGAAAGUCCUGGAGCCGAGCAGCGUAUGCCUGAGCCUGAGCGAUGGCAGCCUCCUUCCUGCGUUGGCUCACCAUCUUGGAGCAGAAAAGGUGUUUGCCCUGGAGAGCUCUGCCAUUUCUCAUUCUCUCAUGCAGAAAAUUUUUAAGGCCAAUCGUCUAGAAGAUAAAAUCAAAAUAAUCGAGAAGNUGCCUGUUUUAAGCCACUUAAAUAAUUUAAAUUCCGUUCUCUUCCUUGAGGUCUCCCUUUUAAUCGGUGAGCCCUUUUUCUCUACAAGCUUACUGCCAUGGCACAAUCUAUAUUUCUGGUACGCCCGGACAGCCCUGGCCCGCCACCUCACGAGCGAUGUGACCGUCCUGCCCCAGUCUGCUUCACUUCAUGUGAUGAUCGUGGAGUUUAAGGAUUUGUGGCGAAUCCGCAGCCCGUGUGGCAUCUGUGAAGGGUUUGAUGUGAGCGUGAUGGAUGAGAUGAUCAAGAAAUCUUUAGACUUCAGGGAGUCGAGGGAAGCCGAGCCUCAUCCGUUGUGGGAAUACCCUUGCAAAUCAUUAUCUGAUCCUUUGGAAGUCUUGACCUUUAACUUUCAGCAAACCGUGCCAGAACACACGAUCCAGAAAGAAGGCCUUCUGAGCCUGUCAAGGCCCGGAAAGAGCCACGGAGCAGUUCUGUGGAUGGACUACCAUCUGACGGGCAGCCUUUCCAUUAGCACAGGACUUCUGCAGGUUUCAAAUGAAAAGGGCUACUGUCAGUGGACUCCCCACUGCAAACAAGCGGUGUACUUCUUCAAAUCCGUGACCGAACCAGAAUCUCCAGCCGAUGAUCCCUCUGCAGUUGCGUACACUGUCGGCUUCAACCCAAAGAGAGGAGAAGUUGUCCUGGAUUUUCAGCUCAUAAAUUAAUGUGGUAUCAUUCUGGCAAAAAUCAUUCCUCCCCUGCCAUGUGGGUAGAUCAAAAUAAAUAUAUUGACAGA